AUGGGGAUCAUCUCGGACUCUAUAUAUUUCCUGGGCCAGAAUGUCGGGACCAUUAUUCUUCUUGUCACCGUACUUCACUUCACACACAACUACCUCACACCAGGGGCAUGCUCUAUACCUGGGCCAUUUUGCGCCAAAUUAACCAACCUCUGGAGGUUCAUUGACGUUGCAAACGGCCACGCUGAGGCGACCUUGUACAAACUUCACCAGAAGUACGGAGACUAUGUGCGACUGGGGCCAAAGGUAGUGAGCGUACGGGAUUUGGAUGCACUGAAAAUGAUCUACGGAAUCAACAAGGGUUACCAGAAAACCAACUUCUACCAUGUGCAGCAACAACUAGCCAAGGGCAAGCCGACUCCCACGCUGUUCACCACUACAGAUGAAGACUUCCACGCUGCUAUCAAGCGACCUAUAUCGGCAGCAUACUCGAUGAGCACAUUGACCGAAUUCGAGCCCUUCGUUGAUGAUACAAUCUAUACUUUCUUCCAGAAACUGGAUGAAUUUAUUGCUGGAAACAAAGUGUGUGAUAUUGCACUAUGGUUGCAAUACUAUGCAUUUGAUGUUAUCGGCGUGUUGACAUUCAGCACGACAUUGGGAUUCCUGCAACAAGGGACCGAUGUGGAAGGCAUUAUUGCUGCUCUUGAGCGGAUGCUAGACUACUCUGGAAAGAUUGGUCAAAUGCCGUGGCUUGAUUACAUUUUCAUCAAGAACCCCUUGAGACAACUUGCUCAAGGAGGUUCAACGGGCGCUGUGGCUCGCUUUGCGCGGGCUCGUCUAGAUGAAAGGCUCAAGCAAUCAGGGUCAACAACCAACCUAGCCAAAAGUUCCACCCCAUCGCACAGAGACUUUCUUGCACGCUUCUUAGAAGCGAAGAAGGAGCAUCCAAAGGUUGUCACGGACCAGCAGAUCUUCUCAUAUACUGUCAGCAAUAUGAAUGCUGGGUCCGAUACUACCGCUAUCUCACUGAGAGCAAUCCUUUAUUACACCCUGAAAAGCUCCAGGGUCACGGAAAAACUGUAUGAAGAGCUCACUACGGCCUAUCAAGAAAAGCGGAUUACCCUACCCGUCUCAUGGACGCAAAGCCAAGAGGAACUACCGUAUCUCGAUGCGGUGAUCAAAGAAGCGCUCCGCCUACAUCCGGCUGUUGGGCUACUUUUAGAACGUAUUGUCCCCACCGGUGGACUUCAGCUUCCCAACGGUGGGCCCUUUUUACCGGCCGGAACCAUUGUCGGCGCUAACCCCUGGAUCAUCCACCGUCAUGCCAUUUUUGGGCGGGACGUUGACUCCUUUUGGCCGGAACGGUGGUUGCAGGCGGAUGGGGAGACUGAAGCCGCCUUCCUGGCCCGGAAGCAACAGAUGCUUCGAGCGACGUUCACAUUUGGAGCCGGGCCAAGGACGUGCAUUGGGAAGAACAUUAGUCUGCUGGAGAUAUAUAAGCUUAUCCACUCUCUAUUUUUGAUGUAUAAGAUUGAGCUUGAGCAUCCGGAGAGGGACUGGGAAACUAUCAACGCGUGGUUUGUGCGACAGAAACACAUGGACGUGAGGUUGACCCGUCACAAUCUAGCCUAA